AUGUCGUACAAGCCGCAUCACGCCACCGUACCGACCAACCCGAAGGUCUUCUUCGACGUCAGCAUUGGUGGCCAAUCAGCCGGACGUGUUGUCUUCGAGCUCUUCGCCGACGCCGUUCCCAAGACGGCUGAGAACUUCCGGGCACUUUGCACCGGUGAGAAGAACUUUGGCUACGCUGGAAGCGGCUUUCAUCGCAUUAUCCCCCAGUUCAUGUGCCAGGGGGGUGACUUCACCAAUCACAACGGCACUGGCGGCAGGUCUAUCUACGGUGAGAAAUUUGCCGACGAGUCCUUUGCUGGCAAGGCUGGCAAGCACUUCGGCCUCGGUACGCUUUCCAUGGCGAAUGCUGGCCCAAAUACUAACGGCUCCCAGUUCUUUAUUUGCACUGCACCCACACAGUGGCUUGACGGCAAGCAUGUCGUCUUUGGCCAGGUGCUGGAAGGCAUUGAAGUCGUUAAGGCAAUGGAAGCCGUUGGCUCCCAGACGGGCAAGACGAGCAAGCCGGUGAAGAUUGAGGCCUCUGGUCAACUUUAA